CUGAUGGAAGGAUUAAUAAGUUUAAAGCAAGAUUAGUGGUCAAAGGCUUUAAACAAAAAGAAGGGUACGACUUCUUUGAUACUUAUUCACCUGUGACACGUAUAGCGUCAAUUAGAGUGCUUCUCUCGAUUGCUGCUUUGCACAAUCUUGAGAUUCAUCAAAUGGAUGUCAAAACGGAAUUUUUGAAUGGUGAAUUAGAAGAAGAGAUUUACAUGGAACAACCCGAAUGUUUUGUAGCACCUGGACAAGAGAAAAAGGUGUGCAAAUUGAUCAAAUCCUUGUACGGACUUAAACAAGCUCCGAAACAAUGGCAUUUGAAAUUUGAUGACGUGAUGUUGUCAAAUGGAUUCAAAAUCAACGAAUGUGACAAAUGUGUUUAUGUUAAAAACAUAUCAAAUACAUAUGUAAUAGUAUUGCUCAAGAAAUUUAAUGCCUAUGAAGGUCCUUUGUCUAGGACACCCCUUGAUCUUAGCAUAAAUCUGGAAGCCAAUAAAGGUCAACCAGUUGCUCAAUUGGAAUAUUCACGGAUAAUAGGGAGUCUAAUGUACUUGACGAACUGUACACGAUCAGACUUGGCAUAUCCGGUGAAUAAGUUGAGUAGAUUUACGAGCAAUCCCAGUCAUGAACACUGGAAUGCUUUGAAAAGGGUACUGAAGUACUUAAAGUACACCCUUGGAUACGGGAUAAAAUACUCGAGAUAUCCAGCAGUACUUGAAGGAUAUUGUGAUGCAAGCCGGAUAUCGGAUUCGAGAGAUUCUCACUCCACAAGUGGAUAUGUCUUCUGUAUCGGAGGAGGA